AUGACGCUGGCUCCCGAGAUGGAAUUGAGUCAACUGUCCGGCUUUAUCAUUCCGAGAUGGCUUCACGUUCAAGCAGGUGAUGUCCGUGUGGAGUUGCAUGGGUUUUCAGACGCUUCUAAGCUGGCGUUCGCUGCUACAGUGCACCUUCGAGUGAUCAGUGGAUCAGGGGAUAUUAAAGUUCAGCUGGUUGCAGCCAAAACUCGAGUUGCUCCAGUAAAACAAGUCAGCAUACCGCGCUUAGAACUAUGCGGUGCCGUACUGCUAGCGAAGCUGUUAACGGAGGUCGCAAAGGUGUUAAAUGUUCCGAAGAGCAACCUAAGAGCUUGGACAGAUUCAACCGUCGUUCUUGCAUGGCUAAAUAAGCACCCCAGCCACUGGAAGACAUUCGUGGCCAACAGAGUUUCCGAAAUUCUGUGUCUGCUGGAACCUUGUCAGUGGUCCCAUGUUUCGACGAAGGAGAAUCCAGCGGAUUGUGCAUCUCGUGGAGUUCGUCCAGCAGAACUAAUCGGCAAUUCGUUAUGGCAAAAUGGUCCUCAGUUCUUACAACAACAUGUUAUUAUAUACACCAAGCCAACUGACAACGAAACACACCUGGAAGAAACUAUUAAAUCUCAUCACGCUCAGCGUUUAGUAGAUGAAUGUAUACUUAGUAAGUAUUCGUCACUUCAAAAGCUCAUAAGAGUAAUAGCUUAUUGCAGGAGAUUUCUGAGAUCAAGAAGUGAGAGAUUGGAGAAGUCGAGAGCGCGAAGUAACCAUUUAAACGCGUCCGAAAUAAACGAAGCUCUAAGCACCUGCAUUAAAAUAGCUCAAAAUAAUGAAUUUAAACUAGAAAUUUCCCAAAUAGAAAAACACGGAUUAAUUAAAACUAAGACUUCAAAAAUUUUGUCAUUCACGCCGUUCUUAGACGUUAAGGGAGUGCUUAGAGUAGGGGGCAGGUUAGCAAAACUGGAUGAAGAAGAGGAUAUCAAACAUCCAAUUCUGCUGCCACAUACGUCACCCUUGUCAAAAUUAUUAGUCGCCAAUGCACAUAACAAAACUCUGCACGGGGGAGAGCGGUUGAUGCUUAAUUACCUACGGGCUGCAUACUGCAUCAUAGGUGCAAAAAAUCUAGUUAAAACCCAUGUGCAUAAAUGCAUUACCUGUGUAAGAAACAAAGCAAAUAUGCAAACCCAACUGAUGGGCUCCUUACCACGAGUUAGAAUUACUCCAGCCAGACCCUUUUACCGGAGCGGAGUAGACUAUGCUGGUCCAAUUCAUUUAAGGACGUCCAAAGGCAGAGGUCACAAGGCUUAUAAGGCAUAUAUCUGUCUUUUUGUAUGCAUGGUAACCAAGGCCGUGCAUAUUGAUGUUGUUAGUGACUUAACUUCUAGAGGCUUCAUCGAGACGUUCAAACGCUUCGUUGCGCGUCGUGGCUAUUGUGCUGAACUCUAUAGUGAUAAUGGCACUAAUUUUGUGGGUGCCUCCAAAGAGUUAAGAGACUUAUUUCAGUCAGAACAAUCAGCCAUGGUUCAAGAAAUUUCGGAAGCCUUGGCCACGCAAGGAACAACGUGGCAUUUCAUACCACCUCGAGCGCCCAACUUUGGCGGAUUAUGGGAGGCGGGGAUAAAAUCCACCAAGUUUCAUAUAAAACGAGUCAUCGGUGAGUCAACUCUAACCUAUGAAGAGAUGGCCACUCUUCUUAGCCAAGUUGAAGCCUGCUUGAAUUCUAGGCCAAUAUCAGUGCUGCCUAGCAAUCCCAAUGAUCCAAGUCCAUUGACUCCCGGCCACUUUCUUAUCGGAGAGGCUCUAGUAACAAUACCAGAAGUUAACUAUGAAGAGUCCAAUAUCAGUUCCUUGAAACGAUGGCAGUUGACUCAGAGAAUGCUGCAAUGCUUUUGGCGCAGAUGGUCGAUUGAAUAUUUAGUACAUCUAUUGCAUCGCUAUAAAUGGGCGGUCAAAACUCCUGAGCCAGAAGUUGGUGAUAUCGUUUUAGUGAAGGAGGAUGAUUUACCGCCAACCAAAUGGCUAUUUGGUAGAAUCGUUCAGAAGUUCCCCGGGUCAGAUAACCUGACCAGAGUCGUGUCCUUGAAAUGUGGGAACUCCAUAAUUAAACGACCUACCUCUAAAUUGUGUAUAUUACCUGUUUCUAGUUAA